AUGGGUGUCCCUACAGCUUCCAAAGAUGCUACUCAGAUGAGUCCGCUCAGCCUGUACUCGCGAUUUGCUUUUGCAGGCGCGGUCUGUUGUGCAGUCACCCACGGCGCGGCUACUCCUCUUGAUGUCGUCAAGACUCGCAUCCAGUUGGACCCCGUUACCUACAACCGAGGCAUGCUAGGUGGCUUCCGCCAGGUCAUCCAGAAUGAGGGUGCCGGUGCCCUCCUGACAGGAUUCGGUCCCACCGCCGCCGGAUAUUUCCUCCAAGGAGCGUUCAAAUUCGGAGGUUAUGAAUUCUUCAAGCAGCAGUCUAUCAAUGCUCUCGGCUACGAGACUGCGAAGAACAACCGUACCGCGGUGUACCUUGCCUCCGCCGGCGCGGCCGAAUUCUUUGCGGAUAUCGCCCUGUGCCCCCUGGAGGCCACUCGUAUCCGCCUGGUCUCUCAGCCAACAUUUGCAAGCGGUCUGAUUCCUGCCAUGGGCUGCAUUAUGAGCCAAGAGGGAAUAGGUGCUUUCUACUCCGGCUUUGGGCCGAUUCUGUUCAAGCAGGUCCCAUACACUAUGGCAAAGUUCGUCGUCUUCGAAAAGGUGUCUGAAGCCAUUUUGGCCAAGGUCAACAAGGAGACACUCACCGAUGGUGCCAAGACCGGUAUCAACCUUGGCUCGGGUCUUGUAGCCGGUCUUGCUGCUGCUGUUAUCUCCCAGCCUGCUGAUACCAUGCUUUCCAAAAUCAACAAGACCCAAGGUGCUCCAGGUGAGGGUACCGUCAGCCGUUUGAUUAAAAUUGGAAAAGAGCUUGGCAUCCGUGGCUCUUACGGUGGCAUUGGUGCUCGUCUGUUCAUGGUUGGCUCCAUCACCGCUGGUCAGUUUGCCAUAUAUGGUGACAUUAAACGUGUUCUUGGUGCUACCGGUGGUGUUGAGAUUUCCAAAUAG